AACUCAUCACAGAAAAAUUAUAUAGUAGAUAUAGUAAUUUUAGAAUUUUAUUGAAGCCUCAAAUCUUUUUAGGUCAUGGUCGGAUGAAAGUUCGCGUGCAGAAAAAAAAUAGAGCACGUCGUGUCAUGGACGGUGUGUCACGCGGCUGCUUAGUACUUUAAUUAAUAUAAUAUAUUGGUGCUCAUUAACGACCGUCUAUCCUACGUAAUAAUCAGGUUAAAUAACCUAACAAAAAUGAUUGAUACGACAACGGACUUUGAAUCCGAGACUACAGAAGUGAAGAAACCCGUAAAGGAGAUACCAGUUGUUCAAGACCAAGGCUUCUUUCAACACGCUACCGGUGAUACUUAUGACGGUUUCUUUGAAGCCAAAAAGAAAGACAGAAGCGUUAAAAUGCAUGGUCCUGGUAUUUAUACCACUGCCGAAGGUGACAUCUAUAACGGUGUAUGGGACGGUGAUAAGCUUGGAGCCAACGACGGUACAUUAAUUUCAUUCAGCGACGGUUCCAAAUACGAAGGGUCCUUCAGAGAUUGGUGUUACAAUGGUUCUGGGAAGUACCUAUAUCCAGAUGGCAGCCUUUUGACAUGUAGCUUUAUAGAAAACUCCCCGUUUGGCUGCUUAUCGUUGACCGAUCCUAACGGCCAUACAUGGCUAGGUAACGCGGACCAGGGAUACGCUUGGUUAGAACCAGUGAAUCAUUUCUACGAGCUCUUAGAAACGACAAGAGACAUAGGAAGGAUUCGACGACGUCAUAAGAAUAAAGAUGUUCAAGAUCAGAACCGUUCACAAUUGUCGGCUAAUAAGAAAUAAUACGAAUAUUUUUUUAUAUUUAUUUUAUUUGAUUAUUUAAACUUUAAAGCACAGUGGAAUUCUAGGUACAUUUGAUGGAAUUAACGUCUAAUUAUUAUGUUUAUUUAUUUAUUCAUUUAUGAAGACACAUCAAUAGUACAUAUAUUACAUAUUAAAAAUACAUUUAUAUAAAAUAAGAUCUGAUAAAAGUACCUAUAAAAAAGGCGAGCACAACAUUCAAUCUUUAACUGAUAUACUUUAACUACUAAGAAUAACCAGAACAAAAGUAUACAUCUAAUAAAUGUGCAUUAUAUAAGAAAAAUAGAUUGGAGUAAAAAGAAGAAAAAAAAAAAACAAU